ACAUGUAACAACCUACAGAGGGAAGUCCAUAUACGGUCGGACAGGUGUGUCUGCAGGUUCACAGCUGUGCUGGGAGGGUUUGAUCUGCAGAGACAGAGACACAGAGACACAACGUCUGUCAGAGACACACAUAAACACACAGAGACUUUAUCUUUCAUCCAGUGAGCAGCAGAAGAAGGAUGGAUGACAGCGGGCAGUGUAACCGGGCAGUGCUGGUGUCUGUGGCCCAGUUUGACCCCGGUGUGAAUCUGGGGAGGAGGCCUGGAGCCGACAAGGACACCAAGACUCUCCACCACACCCUCAGCAAGCUGGGCUUCAAGGUGGACAUCCACAGCGACCUGAGCGGGGACGAGAUCUACCAGCUGUUUCUGAAAGAGAGCCGGCGGCCUGUGAAGGACUGUUUUCUGGCCGUCUUAUCGUCUCACGGGGACGAGGGAUGUGUGUUCGGGGCUGAUGGGAAACCUGUCCAACUGUGUCGUCUCUUUUCAUAUUUUGACAACGAAAACAUGGAGAAGAAGGCCAAAGUGUUCCUCGUACAGGCGUGUCGGGGAGCUGGUCUGGAUGACGGUGUGGAGGUGGAUUCAGCUGGUGACAGCAGAGACUUCUCACAGCAUCUCUCUGUUCCUGUAGACACAGCUGUGAUGUACGCCACACCACCAGGUUACGGGGCGUUCAUGCACCCACUCGGAUCCGUCUUCCUCCAGACGUUCUGCACUUUAUUAAAGGAGGACGGCAACCGUAACCUGGAGCUGACGCGCCUGAUGACCCGCCUCUCCCACCGGGUGGCCUACAGCUUCCAGGCCAAAGGCAGGAAGUACGCUGGGAAGAAAGAGAUGCCGUGCCUCGUCACACGCCUGACCAGAGAAGUGUUCCCGUUCGCUGAGCCGGGGAAAGACAGCGGCGCCGCGGGGCCCUCGGCCACCUCGCUGCUCGACACUCAACACGAGUCCACACGCAAUCCUUCCAUCAGUUAACAGCAGCUGCAGAGUGUACGUGACAGUCAUGAUCAGCAGGUAUGUAGACGGCUGAGACAGAUGAGAGAAACCUGUUGGGAAUUUCAUCACGCUGUCUGACUUCCUACAGAAAAUCCAAACAUGUCAUCAGGGAAAUAUUCUGCUGAGAUAUUUUGCACAUACUUUACAUAGUCUGGAGGAGAUGUCAGAUAUUUAAAUGUAACGCUGUAACUCAAAGAAACU